AUGGAUGAGCUAAGUGUGAAUGCUGAAAAAAAUAUUAAAGCCGGGUUUAGAAAAUGUGGGAUUGUCCCAUUAGAUGCUAACCAAGUUCUAGCAAGGCUUCCUCUGCAAGAAGAGGACGGAGAGGUAAAGAAAAAAGCUAUGAAUGAUAGUGUUUUAACAUUGUUAAAAGAAAUGCGCUAUGGAUCCAUGAAUAUUAGAGAAUCCCAAAAGAAGAAAAAUUUGGAGCCAGGAAGAAGUAUAGACAAUGGUGAAAACAGAAAUUGCGAUAUCAAAAUAUGCAGUGAAAGCAAAGAAAUAAAUGACGAUAAUAUAUUUGAGGUACCGGUUGGAUUACACGAUCCUGAUGUAGUGAGUCCUGAACCUUUUGAUUUUUCCAUUGAAGAAAUGCCAAUAAUUUUUGUUGAAAAUUUCGAUUGCCAAGAAAUUGAUUUGAGAACUGUUGAUGAAGACCAAAAGAACCAAAACACAAUAUUUAAAGAAAGGUGGUUCAGACUUAUAAACAAUUAUUUAUUUUAUUUUAAAAUAAGUGAAAUGGGGAAAUUUGAUACAAAAAAUCCUGCUGGUGUUUUUGUUAUGGAAAAUUCUUCAAUUCAGAUGGAACAUGGACAGAGUAUAUCUUUCUCUUUUUCUAUAUCAUUUAUAGAUGAACCUGAAAAGCGACAUAUUUUCGCAGCACGUUCUGAAGACAAUGUUGUACAGUGGGUAAUGAAACUACGACAGUGCUCUUAUGAAUACUUGAGAAACCGUUUGCACACACUUCAGUCAAAGAUUUAUUCAAUUACUGGCAAGGAUCCCUUGUUGCUGGUUCCAAGAAAUGAAGGUGCCUGUCUGUGGGCUCCAUCAGUGCCUUUUUCAACUACUCCAGCUUGUUCAGUAAACACCAGUUCUUUUAGCUGCCAUCUUCAUACCAAUGGUGCUUUCACACUCGAACGGAGCAAGUCGGAUGUUCAAGCGUACAAACUUUUACACGCGGAGUAUUCAAAACAGGCAGUUUUCUAUACUGAUGAACAAGACAAAGAAAGUGAUUCAAAAGAUGUUAGUAAUAGUCAAGGAUUCGCAUUAGAGAAAAGCAAAACAUCGGCGGUAUUUGCAUCAACUUUAAAUCCUGUCGAUCUAUCAAUUUUUGAUAACCGACCUACGUACUCUCGCGCCGCACCAAGUCCUCCUGUUAGAACCAAAUAUUCACCUGGAAGUCGGCGAGCAGAAAUAGGUCAAGAUGUGCGGGUGUUUGCCGAACAAGGAAAAUACUUGGGUGUAACUGGUAUUUUAGACGAGAUUCCAAUACCGCCUAGAAGGAAGUUGUCACCUAAGCCUACAGAAAAGCAUGAAGUCAAUGUAGAAAAUAACACUAGUAAAGAAAAUUUAUCUGAGACAAUAACGGAAGAUCUUAUUAAAUUUUGA